AUGGCGGACUCCUUGCUGCUGCUAAAGCGGGUUCCCUCCCGCCACACGUGGCUGCGAGCCCGUAAGGCCCGGCCCCAGCUCAUCCUCAGCCGCCGGCCCCGCCGCCGGCUCCGGAACCUGCGCUGGCGCAGCCGAAGGCGGCUACGGCGACGGCUGCUGCAGGCCCAGGCAGCCGGCGGGGACUGGCUGCAGGGCGGCUGUCUGGUGUCGGGCGCCGCGGCGCUCCAGAGGCUGAAGACCUCGGUCCGCAGGCGGGCCUCCAGCCCCGAGCCGGCCGAAGACCCGAUCCCGAGUGGUCCCACGAUCCUCCCUAUCCCGCCGGUGCGGCCGGCUGGCCCGGGCCGCGCAGUCCUGCUGCUGCCGCUGGGGCAGGGCUUUACUUUUAGUGGGAUCUGUCGUGUGACCUGCCUCUAUGGCCAGGUGCAGGUGUUUGGUUUUACCAUCAGCCAAGGCCAGCCUGCCCAAAAUGUCUUCUCUACCUAUACCCACUCUCGCCUGACCAUCAAUGCUGUUCAUUAUUCAGUGCAUGAGAAAAGCAAGAAGGAGAUGAAGAGAGAAGCCCGGGUUCUGCUCAGACCUUAUCUGAACCAAGAUGACAGAUAUUGUUUGAUGAGCAGUUUUUCUCCUCUGUGUUCCAUCGUGUUGCUGGAACGUCUGAAAACCUCCACCGUGAACUUCAUAAUCAGCCAUCCAGGUUUAUCUUACAUUUUCGUACAAGAGGUCCGGACUUUCCAGAUUAACUCUGAGUAUUUUGCCUUGAGAUCUGUGGGUAUUAGAAGAGAGAAAAAAAAAACUGGUUUGCGUUUAACGGAGAGUGCCUUUGCAGCCAUGGAAGAGUUAGUGAGCAUUUCUAGCGAAGAAGUAGACAGCUGCCCUGUCAUUCUGGUUUGUGGCUGCCAGGACAUUGGAAAGUCAACAUUUAAUAGAUACCUCAUUAACCAGCUGUUAAAUAGUAUAUGCUGCGUUGAUUAUUUGGAAUGUGAUCUGGGGCAGACAGAAUUUACUCCUCCGGGUUGCAUUUCUUUGCUUAAUAUUACAGAACCAGUUCUAGGACCACCUUUCACCCACCAGAGGACACCCCAGAAAAUGGUCUAUUAUGGGAAAACUUCUUGUAAAAACAACUUUGAAAACUAUAUUGAGGUAAUAAAGUAUGUUUUCAGCUCCUACAAGCGAGAGGCCCCUCUUAUCAUCAACACCAUGGGCUGGGUGGCAGACCAGGGUCUCCUGCUUCUCAUCGACCUGAUCCGCUUGCUGUCGCCCAGCCACGUCGUCCAGUUUAACUCUGACCGGAGUAAACACAUGCCAGACCUCACCCCCGACUUCGUGGACGACAUGGACGGCUUGUACACAAGACGCAAAUCCAGAGUCAGAAACAGAGGUUUCCACCUGCCUGAAUUUGCUGAGAGUUUGGAGUUUGCUGACGAAGAAAAAGAGAGUCCAGUUAUGUCUACGGGAUACAAGCUGAUGUUCGUGAAGUCGGAGUUUGUGACUGGAAAAACACCCAGGAACAGAGAAUCACAUAACAGAGUCCUUCGUGAGCUGGCAGUGCUGGGUUACCUGAGCCAGUUGCAGCCCCCAGUGCCGAAGCCACUGCGUGCCUUACAUGGUCUGACCCCCUAUCAGGUUCCUUUCAAUGCCGUGGCGCUCCGGAUCAUCCACGCUGACGUGGCCCCCACCCACAUCCUGUAUGCUGUGAACGCCAGCUGGGUCGGGCUCUGCAAGAUCCUGGAUGACGUCAGGGGAUACGCUAGCGGGCCCAUCCUGCUUGCCCAGAGUCCCAUCUGCGAUUGUGUGGGGUUUGGGAUUUGCAGGGGGAUUGACAUGGAGAAGAGGCUUUACCACAUCCUCACUCCCGUGCCCCCAGAGGAGCUGAGACAUGUGAACUGUCUGCUGGUCGGAGCCGUGUCCAUCCCACAGUGUGUUCUCAAGAGCCAGCGUGGGCUCGAAGGGACCAUACCUUAUGUCACAACAGAUUAUAAUUUUAAGCUUCCUGGAGCAUCAGAGAAAAUUGGAGCAAGAGAAAGUGGGGCAACGUAUAAAGAGAAAGGACAUCCCAAAGCUAAGUUCUAUCGAAAAACAUACUGA